CUGCCGAAGCAGCCGUCAGAAGCCGCGCAAGACACAUGGGGGCGCAUCGACAUCCUAGUGAACAACGCCGGCAUCACCGGCAUAGACGGCAAUAUCUGGGAGACCUCGCUUGAAGAGAUGGACCGCGUCUAUCGCAUCAACCUGCGCGGCGUAUUCGCCUUCUGCCACUCCGUCAUUCCCAGCAUGCUCGACCGAGACUACGGCCGCAUCGUCAACAUCGCAUCGAUUGCCGGCAAGGAAGGCAACCCGCGCAUGGUGCCCUACUCCGCGACCAAGGCUGCCGUCAUAGGCCUCACCAAGUCCGUCGGCAAAGAACUCGCCAAGAGCGGCAUCCGUGUCAACUGCGUUACCCCUGCCGUCGUACACACCCGCAUCCUCGACGAGCUUACGCCCGAACAGGUGCAGUACAUGGUCGAUCGCAUCCCCAUCGGGCGCACUGGCGACAUCGCCGAGAUCGCCGCACUCGUCGCUUGGCUCGCCUCCGAAGAGUGUUCUUUCAGCACCGGCGGCGUCUUCGACAUAAGCGGCGGCAGAGCGACUUACUGA